GCGACGUUGGCCUUCCAAAAUUUGAAAGCCUCUCGCGUUAGCUACGGAAGUAAAACAGCUGGCCACCUCUCCGCCUACGAGUUAUAUUUCGUAGUUCAUACAAAUGUUGUUUUGAACUUGUUAAAAGAACUUCUCGGUAGCCGUUAUUGCCAUGCCGUAGCUGUUUUUUUUUCUGGCUGGCUAGCUGACUAAUAUAUGUGACGUAGCUACAUAUGCUAGCUGUCUAGGUUAGAUAAGCUAGGAAAGGUAACGCUACAUGGCGGAAUUGAAUAGCCUGAUGACCAGCUAUUUAUUGGCUUCUAGUUGAGUUGAGCUACUUGGGUGCGGGAGCCAACGAUAACUGUUCUCUAACGCAUUCAAGUCCGUCUAUCUAUCUAAAUAUCUGUCUAUCUGUCUAUCUAGCUAUGUAUCUAGCUAGAAUGGCUAAAGUUAAUUAGAAUCUAACCUACAGCGUUGCUACUUGGCUAGCUAGCGUUUAGCUAACCAUGAAAGUUUUUGAGGCAAGAAAAGUCAGAGCUCGGGAAAUGAUUUCUCCCUGUAACAUAUAUAUUUUUUUGUUUGUUUUACAAAUGGCCGUGAGUGUUUCAAAUAAUGUUGCUAACACGGCUAGCAGAUUUACACUGAAAAAGGUCAACUAUAUGGGAUAGAUAGGCGGCAGAUUCAGCAGUAAAGCUGAGUUAGGUUAGCUUUAUAAAAUCAUCACUUGUCAUAGCUGUCAGGCAUUGAAAAUUUGCCAUGUGAACUUCAGAGAAACUUCACCUUGAUGCGGGAGCUUGACAACAGGACAGAGGAAAAGAAGGGAGAGAUUGAUAAGCUUGCUGAAGAGUACAUCACGAAUGUCCGGAACCUCGCAUCUGAACAGAGAGUGGAGCAUCUACAGAAGAUUCAGAGUGCCUACAGCAAAUGUAAAGAAUACAGUGAUGACAAAGUGCAGCUUGCCAUGCAAACCUAUGAAAUGGUUGACAAGCACAUCCGAAGGUUGGAUGCAGACCUGGCACGAUUUGAAAAUGAACUAAAGGAGAAGCUGGAUGUCAGUGGAUAUGAGAGUCCUGAUAAUAGAGCACUCAAAAAGGGAGGUGGAAGAGGCCUGAAGGAAAAGCGAGGACCCAAAGGCAGAGGAAGAAAAUGCUCAGAUGAUGAUUCACCCCGAAAGAAAAAAAUAAAAAACAGUCCUGAGUUCUCCGAAUCCCUCUUGCCAGUGCACCCAUCAGAUGUCUUGGACAUGCCAGUGGAUCCAAAUGAGCCUACAUACUGUCUGUGCCACCAAGUGUCAUAUGGAGAAAUGAUUGGAUGUGACAACCCUGAUUGUCCAAUUGAGUGGUUUCACUUUGCUUGUGUGGAUCUAACAACAAAACCCAAAGGGAAAUGGUUUUGUCCACGGUGCACUCAGGACCGGAAGAAAAAAUAAGAUUUCUAAUUAUACAACUUUUAUACAUGAGUAUAUACGUAUUUUGUCUAUGUGGUAAAAUAGGAUAUGUACAGUAUAUAUUACUUUCUCUAUGACUGGUAAAGGAAAAGAGGGUCCCAUUGAAACAACUUUUGUUUGUUUUGUUUUUGUUUUUUUAAAUGUACUUGAAGUGUCAUUCAAAGGUUGAUUCUUGUGCUGCAGGUAAACUGGUAUGUAUUUUAUGGAUUUAAGUUCCAACAGGAUAUGGAAAGUGUGUGUGUGUGUGUGUGUGUGUGAGAUCAUUCUACUGAAGAGCUGUGUAGAUUCUCGUUAUAUGAACUCCAGGCUCCCAAACCAUUGUUCUUGUACCUUUUAUUUUACAUAUGUAUGUGCUUAUGAAUUAUUACUGCUGCACAAAACAUUCACCGCAAAACUAUGCUCUUAUCUUUUUAAUUAUGUGAAUUUACUUUUUAACACACGUCAGAGAUGCCAAGUGUAGCGGUUCUGCUGGAUGUAGUAUUUAUAGUGAAAAGGGUUUUAUUUUACUUGCACUCAAGCUAUGAAGUGACUACUUCUGUAACUCCACCCAGAUGAACAGCAACUCAUCUGAUCUAAAACAUGUCAUUGUGCUAACUUUCACACCCUGUGUCCAUCUCUGAAUGUAUAAUAGUAAUACUCAUAUUUUGGCAGUAUCUGCCAUUGUCUCUAGGAGCUUUGCACUUUGAGUAGAAAUCAUUUCUAUUUAGCACCAUGACCAAUGCCUGUAUUCUUACAAGUAUCUCAGAGUUGGAGUGGGGAAUCAGCUUCAGCUGCCCCCUGUUUUGAUCAGGUUGAGUAAGAAAAAUCUUGUGUAGCCAUGUUGACCUUACAGCUCGUCCCCCUAAGAAGUGGCCUUUUAAAAAAGGAACAAAAUAUGCUACCUUUACAGCAGAAACAUAGCUUUAACAUGGUGUUUCUAAGGAAGGGUCACAAUAUGAAAGUCAUGGAAAAUGUGGCAUUUUCUGAUUUCAGAAAAUUCCAUACUGGUCAAAAGUACACCCCAGACCUGUGGGGGUGUUUGUGGACUUGAGGCUGGGACAACUGAUUCUGGUUCAGUAUUCCAGUUCUGAGAUGCUUUAUGAAUGCUGUGAACGAUUUUAAGUUUGCAAUGGUCCUGCAAUGUGGCCCAGUGCUUAUAAAGCACUCCAGGAGAAUCGGACCACUUGUGACUUUGCUGUAAAUUUAAAAAAUUUAAAAUAUUUUGAGAUGGCACAAAUGUGGAGCUACCAAAGUGAGAUUAGGUGGUGUAAGCACUGAUGUAUGCUGCACUACUGUUUUAUUACCUUGUAUCAUCUGAUUUAUUGUGAUAAAUAUGGAAUUAUAUCAUUUAUAUUUAACUGCAGCUACAAUACGGCUGAGCUUGCAUGGUUCUCUGCUAGUGUACACAAACCUAUUGUUAAAGGUCAGUAGCUACCA